AUGUUAAAAGUGAUUGUGAACAGAGCGAAUUGGAGCCUCCCUUUUCUCUUUUUUUUCAGUCUCUCUGUUUCUUUUAACCAUUUUUUCUUUCCCUUUUUUCCCUCUCACUUCUGCAUCGAUAACCACUCCUUCUUUUGUUUCUUUCGAUUUCUCUCACAUUCUCUCUUCUUGCCCAUUCCUCCCUUCCAUACUUUUCUUUCCUUGUUAUCUCAAGCUUCUUCACUGGCGAAGCCGGGAUUGAUUGAGCCUUGGUUUUGGCAGAGUCUUUGUUGGCUUAAGCUCGCUUGUCUUUUUUCUUUAUUUUUCCACCUUUUCUUCUUCUUCUUCUUCUUCUUCUGUUUCCUCUCUCCCUCUUUUCAGGAAGCGGUUGUACUUUUGGGUCCCUUCUUGACGACUUCCGUCCACUCUCCAGUUUUUUGGAUUGUCUGUGCUGUUGCCUGUGAAGUUGCCUGUGAAGUUGCUGCUUCGUUUUUCUUUUAG